AUCUCUUUUUCAGAGCUUAAUCCAAUGGCGGUGACCAGCAGACUGUCACAGGCGGCGGUGGUCAAGCAAAUUAUGAAGCGCUGUUCCAGUUUAAGAAAUAAAAAGACUCACCAAUGCGGCGGCGCUGGCGGCGGAGAUAUCCCGGUGGAUGUUCCCAAAGGCCAUUUUGUAGUGUAUGUGGGUGAGAAUAGAAGCCGGUACAUUGUGCCGGUGACGUUUCUGUCGACGCCGGAGUUUCAGAUUCUUCUCCAAUUGGCUGAGGAAGAGUUCGGGUUUAGUCACCAUAUGGGCCUCACUAUCCCGUGCGACGAGAAGGUUUUUCAGUCUCUACUCCGAUCGAUUGAGUCGAACCAAACCGAAUGAACCUGUCUUUUUUCUUCUUUAGAUUGUGAAUUUAUUAGGUGGUUUUGGAAUUAUCGCUCGAAAUACUGUUCGAGAAUUCUCGAACAAUGUUUUAGAUUGAGCAUUUAAAAUCUGUAUCGAACGAUUAUUAGGGACAUACAGAUUUAGAAGCAGCAUUUUCUUUUAU